AAUACUUAUCUCUGCAAACAUCAAAGACUUUUCCACAGAUAUCACACACAUGAGUAUUAAUUAUAGGUAGGUAAUGUCUAUGUCCUCAUUUUGUCUUUUCCCGAAACCACCUCCACCCUUCUUUCUAUAAUAAUACCCUCUCUUAGGACUCUCUCCAUGUCUCACAUAUACAAUUAUUAACUCCUAUAACAAAUUACUUAAGUCCAUAUCUUCCCUUUCACCAUGGACUUAAACUACCCACAACACCAACAAACCACUCACCAUGAUCUGGUUGGAACUGGCAGAUCCUAUGAAUGCAUCUUCUGCAAGAGAGGCUUCACCACAGCACAAGCCUUAGGUGGACACAUGAACAUACACAGAAAACAAAGGGCUAACAACAACAACACCAACAUCAAACCUUCAACUUCUUCUAACAAAGUUGAUGCAGAUCUCCUACAACAUCCAACCCAAUCCACUGCUCUCACUGUUACACCUUCCCAUGCUCAACUCUUUCUGCAGGAUUGGAGGACCACAAAUUUCACCUUCUACUCUAAUCCAUUGUCUUUUCAUGAAAUUAAGAACAAGCUUGAAGACACUCAAGAGAAUGGUCUCGAUUUGGAGCUCAGGUUGGGUCAUCAUCCAUAGCAUGCAUAUACAUAUCAUGCUAUACAUCCAUCAAGCAUGUAUACUGAUAUAUAUGUAUCAGAUG